AUGUCUUCUCUGCGAACCCUUUUUCGCACUUGUCUUCGGACCCAAUCCGUCCAUGAAUCCCAUGCUCUUCUCAACGGCCGGAAUCAUUUGAUUCCUCACGGAACCUUCCUUCCCUACCGCAGAUGCCAGAAUGCGACGCAAUUCAGUACACACUCGGGGCGUCGCACCCCCGAAGUCGACCCGGAAAUUAUUUCACAGCAGAUACUCAUGUCUAAUACGGAUCGACCUUCGUCAUCGCGGCGGCAAAAGAAGAAACAAGAUCAGACAGAUGCGACGCGGAAGCCGAAACGCACCGCCAAUACGGCAAAGUCUCAAUCUCGUACUGGCUCCAAAUCCACCGAGAAACGGUCGUCAGGAUUCUCGCGCACGAAUAAACACUCAGAGACGGACCGAGCUCCUCUACAGGCGAAAUCAAAGAAAAAGCCGGAAGGGUGGCAAAUUCAGAAAGCCGCCUUGAAGGAUAAAUUCCAGGACGGAUGGAACCCAACCAAGAAACUCUCGCCGGAUGCUCUCGAGGGUAUCCGGCAUCUACAUUCUAUUGCCCCGGAAAGAUUCACCACUCCCGUCCUUGCGAAGCAGUUUGAGGUGUCGCCGGAAGCCAUUCGACGGAUCCUGAAAAGCAAAUGGCGAGCGACCGAGGAACAAUUGAACGAUCGCCGUGAACGAUGGGAAAGACGACACGAUCGGAUCUGGAGUCAUCUCACGCAGUUGGGUCUUCGGCCGCCAACAAAUAGUACCACACUCGACGAUGUCGGUAUACUGUACGAGAAGCGUGGUGGCGAGAAAAAGUGA